GCCGUGCUCCCGCGGCCCCGCCACUUUAUCCACACCCGGGCGGCCCCCACCGCCCCCGCCGACGCGCGGGCCCCGUCCCCGGCCCCCACCCGUCAUCGUCACGCUCCCGCUCGCGAGCCCGGCGACUAUUUCUGGAAGGACCCUUCUCUCCCCCCAAAGGCCACCCAGAGCUCCCCCCUCUCCGUCUUCCUCAUUCGCGCCGCCCCUCUCUCGAAUCAUUCGCCCCGCCGCGCCGCCCGCCGGCCGCCGAUCCGAUCCGAUUCGACUCGACCAGCGCGCCGCCGUGGCAGGGCCGGGGUUCCGCCGAUCGACCCCCAUGGUGCAGCUCCCGGCCAUGGGGAAGCGCCAGCACCCGGAGGCGGCCGAGCCGCCCUUGGCGUCGCCGGCCGCCGCUGUGAAGAUGGAGGCGGACGAGCUCCGGGACUUCGACUACGGCCCGCUCGGCAAGCGCGCCCGCCCGGCCCAGCCCUCGCCGCCCCCGCCCCCGCCCCCGCACCAGGACAUGUAUCACAAUGUACUUGAUGAACCUAGCCCAUUGGGUCUUCGGCUGAAAAAAAGUCCAUCUCUGUUGGAUCUCAUUCAGAUGAGGCUUUCUCAAGCAAAUUCCGAUGCAGGACAGUCCUCUACGGACAAUGCUGAGCCUUCCAAGAAGAAAGACCUUAAAUCUGGUACAUCAUCAGCUGGUGAACGGUUGAAAGCAUCAAACUUUCCUGCAAGUGUAUUGAAAAUAGGCAAAUGGGAGUACACAUCCAAAUAUGAAGGUGAUUUGGUAGCAAAAUGUUACUUCGCGAAGCAUAAACUUGUAUGGGAAGUUCUGGAAGGUGGUCUCAAGAGUAAAAUUGAAAUUCAGUGGUCAGAUAUAACUGCUUUGAAGGUAACUUUGCCUGAAAUUGGAGAUGGAUCCUUGGAUGUGAUGCUGGCUCGACCACCUCUCUUUUUCAAAGAGACGGAUCCUCAACCAAGAAAGCAUACAUUGUGGCAGGCUACUUCAGAUUUCACUUGUGGCCAAGCAAGUAUGAACAGGUAAAUGAUUAUUCAGUGUUUUGCAUUAUGUACUGAGAGUGAAGCUUCAUGCAA